AUGGUCGUGACGAACUUUGGCUACGCGGGCUUCUCGGAUUUCAGGCUGUCCGAAAAGACGACAGUGUACUACCACUUUGGAGGAUUGCCGCCCCCUACCACCUCGACUCCAGCUGACACUACGCCAACUGAGAACUCACCAUCACCACCGCCAUCAUCACCACCACUGCCGACGCAGAGUUGUGAUGGCAGCGCUGGCGACAACACCAAGGAGUAA